AUGGAAACGGUUGAGCAAGCUAAUGAAGCGCUAGCUCUUGUAAAUCAUACACCUGUUGUAAGCCCAUUGGGAAAGACGCCGUACAUCGUCAAAUUGGCCUAUGCUACACCGUCACGUCGUCAUGGAGAUGCAACGGAAGAGGGCGGUGGUGAUGGCACAACUCACCCGCCAAGAGCGGUUUCGGGAACGGUUAUCGGGGAGGGCGAGGUGGUUACCGAGGAUCAUAUCAAGAAUACUAGACGGGAUAGCAGAGAUGCGUACGUGGUGCCCUCAACUUAG